GAGGCGCGGGCGGCUCUAGGAGGCUCGCGCCCGCGCUCCCCGCGAUCACACCGCGCUCGCACGCAGCCCAGCUCGCAGCCACCGUUCCCGGGGCCGCCCGGGGUCCCCCCGCACAGAGCGGGCUCCGGCGGGCUCAGCGCACCCCGCGUCCCCCGCGCUGCCUUUGCGCUCCGCGGCUGCCUCGCCCCGCGUCCCCGCCGGUCCUGCGGGAAGAUGGUCAACGAGCGGUGGAAGACCGGGGGCGGCGCGUCCCAACUUGAAGACCGGCCGCGUGACAAGCCGCAGCGGCCAAGUUGCAGCUACGUGCUGUGCACUGUGCUCCUGUCCCUGGCUGUGUUGCUGGCCGUGGCUGUCACCGGUGCGGUUCUCUUCCUGAAUCACACUCAUGCACCCGGCACAGCACCCCCGCCCAUCGUCAGCAUGGGGCCUUCAGGGGCCAACAGUGCCCUGGUCACCGUGGAGAGGGCUGACGGCUCCCACCUCAGCCUCCUCAUCGACCCUCGCUGCCCUGACUUCGCCGACAGCUUCGCCCGCCUCGAGGGUGUGCAGGCCUCUGUGCUGCAGGUGUUGAGCGAGCACCAGGCCCAGCCACGACUGGAUGGUGCCCCAGAGCUGCUGGACACACUGGCUGACCAGCUGCCCCGGCUUCUGGCCCGGGCCUCUGAGCUUCAGGCCGAGUGCGCCGGGCUGCGCAAGGGACACAGCACACUGGGCCAGGGCCUCAGCACCCUGCAGAGCGAGCAAGGCCGCCUCAUCCAGCUUCUUUCCGAGAGCCAAGGCCACAUGGUUCACCUGGUGAACUCAGUCAGUGACGUCCUGGAGGCUCUGCAGAGAGAGCGAGGCCUGGGCCGGCCUCGUGUCAAGGCUGACCUCCAGAGAGCCCCUUCCAGGGGACCCCGGCCUCGGGGUUGUGCCAACGGCUCUCGGCCCCGGGACUGCCUGGACGUCCUCCUCAGCGGACAGCAGGAUGACGGUGUCUACUCGGUCUUCCCUACCCACUACCCAGCCGGCUUUCAGGUCUAUUGUGACAUGCGCACAGAUGGCGGAGGCUGGACGGUGUUCCAGCGCCGGGAGGACGGCUCGGUGAACUUCUUUCGAGGCUGGGAGGCGUACCGGGAGGGCUUCGGCAAGCUUACGGGGGAACACUGGCUAGGGCUCAAACGGAUCCACGCCCUCACCACGCAGGCGGCCUACGAGCUGCACGUGGACCUGGAAGACUUUGACAAUGGUACCGCCUAUGCCCACUACGGGAGCUUUGGCGUGGGCUUGUUCUCCGUGGACCCCGAGGAGGACGGGUACCCACUCACCGUGACUGACUACUCGGGCACUGCUGGUGACUCCCUCCUGAAACACAGCGGUAUGAGAUUCACCACCAAGGAUCGGGACAGCGACCACUCAGAGAACAACUGUGCCGCCUUCUAUAGAGGCGCCUGGUGGUACCGUAACUGCCACACGUCCAACCUCAACGGCCAGUACCUGCGUGGUGCGCAUGCCUCCUACGCCGAUGGCGUUGAGUGGUCCUCCUGGACCGGCUGGCAGUACUCACUCAAGUUCUCAGAGAUGAAGAUUCGACCGGUUCGAGAGGACCGCUAGCCUGAUGCACUGUCCGUCCCCGGUGUCCUCUGGCUGCAUCCAGUCCCUAUACAUCUCACCCCGUGCCCACCUCAUGCCCACUGCUGAGAGAACAUUCUCUGCUCACCUGUGCAUGGCUGACUUGCUGUUCACUAUGGGUAGCGCAGGCCUGGCCCAACACUCAGCUCCCUGGGCUGGUGACACCCCUACCCACCCACAUCCCCACUUGCACUUGUCAGCUGACAUGGUUUCUUGUUUCUGCUGAUGGUGGCUGGAACCUGGUGGCCUGAAUUCCACCUGCCCAGACUUUGGCUCCCAUGCUGUGCUGCUGUCUCCUAGCAGGAUGAUGGUAUGUAUGCCACACCCUGGCUAUGGAUCAUGCCACCAGCCAGCGCCCCCUGCUUUCUUUGCCUGUCCAAACACUUAGCAUUGUGAGACCAUCGAGAGUAAGGGCAGACAGCACCUUGGGCCCCUCCAGCGGAUCAAAGGGGAAGGCUUGGGCUUGCUUACACCCGCUUACCUGCCCUAGCCCACACAGUACCCCAUUCCCUCAGUGCCUGGAGACCCCACCUCUUCCCAGAGGACCUCCAACAGCUGGGGCUGAGGACUGCCCGGUCCUGUGGCUGUGUCUCACCAAGCCUUGUGGCCAACGGGGCUGUGACACAGCUGUCUGCAGGGCCCCGAGGCUGAAGCCGAGGCCAAGGCCACCCUCGUAAGCCACCCACCCUGGCUCCCUACAGACCUGGGAGUCUGCUUUUGGGGUUCAUCCGCUCUGCCCACUCAGAUGAGGUCCAUCUGGCCUCCUGCCAGCCUCCUGCAUGGCAUCCAGGGACCCUGCCCCCCCUUCUCCUGCCUGAGGCAAAAGUGAGACUUUCAUGGACUGACCUCAGAAUUAUCAGAAGCCAGGCCUGGAGGGUAGAGGCCAGUCCUGAGAGCAGGUGGCCCAGAGGCUUCCGUCCCUGUACAGCGGCUGCCCCCUGCUGGUGAUCAUGCGCACUGCCACCUAGGCCUCGCAAAGAGGAGUGGUGGGUGGGGGGAGGGCUUCACUGGCUAACCGGGCGAAGGUAGGCCACCCCUUAGCAGCAAGACCUUCAUGUGUUCCCGUCUGUGGGAACCUGAUAGGGGCCUUUGAGAGGGCCAUCAGGGGAGCUGCCCAGGUGGAGGCAGCAUUAGUGACCGUCCUCUGGCAGGAGGAAGGAACACCUGGAGAAAGGUGGGAAGAUCCAUACCCCUCCUUCCGCUGGACUGUAUGGAAACCUGAGCUCCCCUGAUGGGCUGUGUAGCCUGGGCAGUCCCUCACCAUGGGCCUUGGCCUUCAGCGAUAACCACAGCACAUCUAUGUGGGCCAAAGCUGACCUAGAUGCCGGAGAAGGCUGGUUGUUGCUUGGCCCCCAACUGGUGGUAGAGGUGACCAAGAAACACGUGACUCCAAGCCCAGAGUGGACAUGGUACUGACAGGGAGCAGCUUGGCUGCAGGUGGGGCCAGGGGGCACACAGGAAAGUCCCCCUGAUGCCCUCUGCCAGCCAGCCUACCCAGGUCUCCAGGGUACCUAGUCACAUUGCAGAGGUGGACGGGAUGCUGAGCACCUGUCCUGGCGGCCCCCAUCCUAGACCAGUGCUGGAGUGCCUUUCACCACCACCAGCUUCUGCCAGCUCGGCUCAGAAGCGCCCAGCACGUUCUGAUGUGUCAUCAAACAAACUCCUGCGGGUGUGAUGUUAAUGGAUUCACAAUGUGCAUGUGUGGCAGGAGGCACGGGCCCGGGGCCAGACUUUGGCUACAAAAGACAAGCUGGAGCUCAGUCUGGGAGCGGGCGGCCAGUGGGCAGGUGAGGGGCUGUGUGUGCAUCCGUGUCUGGUCACACUGGAGACGACAGCCCUUCCAGAGCCCAGCCACCACCCCAGGGCACCAAACCCUCCCCCAGGCCAGGCUGGUAGUCUGGAAAGUGUGGCUCUACCAAACACUGGCUGUGUGGGCACCAAGCCCGUCACAGCAGGGAGAUGCCAGACCAGCAGCCUACCUCUACCUUCCUAAUAUGCACUCCCCCACCCAGGCUCUCUGUACGUCAGCACUGGGCCACAGCCUCCAGCCCUGGACUUGACGAGCUCACAGUCUGAUGUCAGUGCAGAUGGUUGCCAUCAGAUGGGCAUGACCGCAGGAAGUAGGAAUGCUGGGAGAGCCUGUGGGGGCAGGGCAGGUCCACCGAGACACCAUGCUAUCAGCUGGCUGAGUAUUUCACUGACACUGCCCCACCAGACCUGCUUUGAUUUGGUAGUGGAAUGACUGACAUUCUGUGAUGUCACCUGACCAAGCCCACUACCUGCUUUCCUUUCCUGAGUGUACGGGGGCAGGUGUCCAUACCCCACAGGGGGAUCUGGGAGUCACGUCAAAGUCAGCCAGUCAGCGCUCUGAGUUAGACGGUGGACAGCACCUUGGUUUCCCCGCAGGCCUGGGCUGGUCAGUAAGCCAGGUGGGGGAACGUGAACAGAGUCUAGUGUUUGCUUUGGGGCAGGUGAACAGAAGUGGCAACAUCAGUGCCUACCUCUUCCUAGCACUCCCUGCCCUCCUCAUCUCAAGCUUCUGCGUGGACUGGAACACAGGAGUCUGGAGCCACGGUCAUGCAGGCCCUAUCUCCCAAGAACGCUCCUGGGAGAUAGGGCCUUAAAGGACCUGCAAACAACUUCCAGCCAAGUCAGCUGGCUCAGCUCUGAGGCAGAGAAUGUGGGUGGGGGUUGUGAGCAAGACCUCAGAUCCCUGUCCUGUGAUCUGAGGAGCACUGAGCUGGCAGGAGACGCAUGGGGCCUGGAACUGAGACAACACAAGAGACUAGGGACCUUCCGGAUCCUGUUGCUUCAUCUGCCUGCAGGGAAGGUUGCCCCAGGCUCUGAGGGCCCAGCAAUUUCGGGGAUCCACAAACCCAGAAGACUGCCGUCUAGCUGCUGUGGAAUUGGGGUCUGACCUGAGGCUGGCCAUGAUGGACUGGGCAGUGUGCAUGCUGGCAGGUUUGCUGGGGCCCCAGGGCUGGAGAGGAGCUCUGAGGGUCAGCACGGCACCUCACGGGCAAACAGCAUGGGGCAGUCGCUACUUGGGGCUGUGUGUACUUGGUAUCAUGUCUUUCCCUGUCUCCAAUAAAGUCUUGUG